CGAAUAUGGGAGUGCAUUUCGCGAACGUGGUGACGUAUGUAGUGUGGGCGGCCGCUUCACCACUACAGGGGUCUGGUGCACUUGAGCGGAGGCGUAUUCUCACAGAUUUCAUAGUACCUGUAGCACCCUUUUUACCACGUUGCGUUUUUCCGCAACAAAAGGCCAUCUGGAGUUUGUCUUAUGUUUUGGUGAAAAACAACUAGGGAUCGUUUCUCAGCAGUGCCCUCUUUAGCCUUUUGUUUACUGCUAUUUAGCCCUUUUUUUAGAUGUUUUUUUAGCUAGUCUGGUAACUAGCUUGUUUCCACGUUUUUUCCACAUCAAAAAGCCCUCUGGAGUUUCACUUUUUAAUUCUUCUUGGUGCAAGCAACGCAGAUUAGUUUUUUCAUCGCUACCUACAAGUGUCCUCUGAAGAAAGAGGAUUCGGUUCUACAGCAAUGGCUGCAUUUGGUGAUCGUGCAAAGAGCUGGGAUAACGUGGCUGUGUUAGUUGACGAAACUAUUAAACCACAAGCUCCGUGUAGCCCAUUCCUACAGACCCCAACACGCCAGAACAUUAAACCAAAGGCCACUCUAAUAAGGAAUAAGAACACAGCAAACAGACAAUCAGCCCCUGAACAAAGGAUCCGCAAGGGCGAGGGCUACUCGCUCUCCCAUGUGGCUGAAAUCAAUCCUGUUGAAAGACCAUGUGCUUCUAUGCCCCUCUCUGUGAAAGCUGCUACGCCUAACGUUCGCCAUCGUAAGCCUAAGAAGCAAUUUAUUGAGCCUGUGAAGCCAUACACGACCGGUCUCCCGCCCAAAAGGAGAAGCCCUUCCUUUGUUCCAGACACGCCUUACCCAGACACUGUAUCGGGUGUUCCUAACACCACUGCAGAGCAGCUAACGGCAAGCAAAGACUUGGAGUCCUUGCAUCGGUCGUCGUCUAGUACACCAACGCCCUACCAGCCACCAAGUGUCUCCAUUGAGAGGGAACAAAAGGAUUCCCCUUUACAAAAGGCACCUGAAGAGUCCUUGCAUUGGUCGUCGUCUAGUACACCAACGCCCUACCAGCCACCAAGUGUCACCAUUGAGAGGGAACAAAAGACAUCUGAUGAGACAAUCCAUGCCAUAGAAGUAGGCGAAGUAUCCGAAGACACCGGACUAACAGCGACAGCCCCUACAUCACGCCAAACAAAUCGUGAAGCUACAGGCGAAGGGUCUGAAGACACAGAGCUAACAGCACCCGUCCCUACAUCACGUCAGACAAAUCGGGGAGCUACGGGAGAAGAGUCUGAAGACACUGGACUAACAGCAACACAGCUUACACCCCACCAACCGUGUCAGGCUGCUUUGCAGGAGGCCCCUGAAUAUAAUGUAGGUGAAUACCUCUUUAACUGUAUCUAUAGCACCGAGGAAGGCACCGAUUAUGUCAGCUGUAUACCACACACCUCUGUUAUAACUGUGGCAGAUAAAAAGUGUAACAGCGCUAAUAACGCCAUAACCACUCCUGUAAAUGUAUUAGAGGUUAACGUUCCAUUCCUUGAUAAGCAAGCAGUACCUAAUUAUAUUACUAACAAUCGGUUUGAACAAGGUGGGGCACUAGGAGGUCCUGAGCAGUUAACAUUACUUCAGAGUGCAGAGUUUUUUGAGUAUUGCAGUCGCUGACCCUUAUAA